GCGUGGACACAGCCUCCAUGUUUGUGCAUGUAUGUAUGAUGGCUGGAGUUGUAGCUGAGCAGAUCCAUGUUUCCCUCCGCUCACUCGCACCGGCUGCUCUGCAGCGCCCGUCAAGCUGUCACUAAAGCCGAGAGGAGAGCUUAUUAUGGGAGCCGCUCCUGCUGCUGUCCUAUAUCAGAACCAGCCAGCAGCAUGUCUCCAGUCAUCUCCAGCUCCGAGUAAACGCUGUUUUCUCCACCGACAGAGCACAAAGCCGAGAGGAAGCUGUUGUUUUCAAACCCUUUCACAAUGAAACGUGGAAGGACAGGUCUCAAAUCAAAGUGCCAGACCUUCCCCUCCCAGGAGAGGGCUAAGAGACAGAAGCGUGGUACAUCCAGCUUCGCCCUGACUCCAUCAGAGGACUGGGGUAACCUUCCCCACCAUGUCAUCCAGCAGAUCUUUCAGCAUUUGUCCCUCGUAGACCGGGCCAGGGCCUCGUCUGUUUGCCGCUGCUGGAAUGACGUCUUUCACACCCCUGACUUGUGGAGGAGAUUUGAGUUUGAGCUCAAUCAGCCGGCUACGUCUUACCUGCGCUCCACUCACCCUGACCUCAUUCAGCAGAUCAUCAAGAGGCACGCACAACACUUGCAGUACGUCAGCUUUAAGGUGGACAGCUGCACAGAAUCUGCAGAGGCGGCCUGUGACAUCCUCUCCCAGCUGGUGAACUGUACCAUUAAGACCCUCGGGUUGAUUUCCACAGCGCGGCCAAGCUUCAUGGAUGUAUCUCAGGCUCACUUUGUGUCUGCACUGACGGUGGUGUUUGUCAAUUCCAAGUCCUUGUCCUCCAUCAAAAUUGAUGAUACGCCAGUGGACGACCCGUCCCUGAAGGUGCUGGUUGCCAACAACAGUGACACCCUGAAGUUACUAAAGAUGAGCAGCUGUCCUCAUGUCUCUCCAGCAGGCAUCCUGUGUGUUGCAGAUCAGUGCCAUGGACUCAGGGAGCUGGCAUUGAACUAUCAUCUCCUGAGUGACGAGCUCCUGCUCGCCCUGUCCUCUGAAAAACAUGUCCGCCUGGAGCACCUGCGCAUUGACGUGGUGAGCGAAAACCCGGGCCAAACACACUUUCACACCAUCAAAAGAAGCAGCUGGGAGGCUUUGAUCCGACACUCGCCCAAGGUCAACAUCGUCAUGUACUUCUUCCUCUAUGAGGAGGAGUUUGAGCCCUUCUUCUGUGAGGAGACCCCAGUCACCCACCUGUACUUUGGCCGUGCAGUCAGCAAAGAGAUGCUGGGCCGCAUCGGACUGAACUGCCCUCGGCUGGUGGAGCUGGUGGUGUGCGCCAACGGCCUUGAGCCACUGGAUGAGGAGCUGAUCCGUAUCGCCGAACGCUGCAAAAGCUUGACAGCCAUCGGACUGGGCGAGUGUGAAGUGACCUGCAGUGGCUUUGUGGAGUUUGUGAAGAUGUGUGGGGGAAGGCUGACUCAGCUGUCAAUCAUGGAGGAGGUGUUGAUCCCAGACAGCAGCUACAACAUGGAGCAGAUCCACAGUGAGGUGUCAAAGCACUUGGGCCGCAUGUGGUUCCCUGAUAUGAUGCCCACCUGGUAGGCUGACAUGAAGCCAGAGUGGAGGUUAAUAAAGUGCAUGACUUUUAUGGACAGUGUCUCUACAGUUUUUUUAGUGUUUAACUGAAGCUUUAGUAUCAGACUCUUUCUGGGAAACAAAUAGAUGACAGAUAGAUUUCCUGUCAUCAGUGUUCGUCACCGGCUUACAAUAAAGUCAUUUCUAAAGCUGUCGCUUGUAUUUUAACCUGCAGUGAAUGUGUUUUUUUUUUUGACGAAUACUGAAGAUGUUUUCUCACUCUGGCAGAUGGAUUUCUGUCGGGCUCCCUUGUGAGCACUCUUUCUUUCUAUGCAUAGAUGUUGUGAUGUGUGAUUUCAACCCGUGACGGAUGGUUUCGAAUUUACAGUCACACACACUUUCAACAAUCUCACGCACUGAAUCGACUUGUUAAAGGUGAAGUUUAACUUUCAUGUGCUUUUACGCUGUCAUCUAUCAUCAGUGUAUGUUCUCAAGUCAGGAUUUAUUCUGUGGUGAAAUGUUCUUUCUUUUCUUAUUGCUUAAAGUUAGUGAUUUCCUACAUUUCCCCGGAUACAUUUUGAGAGACAGAGACCUCGCUUGGACUCCUUCGGUACAUCCAGACUUUGGCAGAGAGAGCAUUAACAAUUGUGAAACUAAAGCAGCGCAGAGAAAACAGGAGUUUCCAGUUGAGUCAGAGCGUUCAUGUAAAACACAAUGAGUCUUUUGUUUUCUUGUCUAUUUGUAUUUGUGUCAGUUGAGAUUUAAAUAUCUCAGCCUGAACACCACUUAAACAGUUGUAAUAAAUCUGAAUGUAUGCUUUAAUUUAAAAGCUUUAAAUGGUGUUUAAAUGAGAUCAAACUCAGCUUUAGAAAUCUAAACCAUUUAAACUGGUUGUUCCUGAAUUGAUUCUAUUUUUCAUUCAAAUCUAAGCUGAUGAGACUCUAGUUAUUUUAACCUAUCAAACUUCGUUCUUGCAGCACAGGAGAAAUCUUCAUGUAAUUAUUGUCAUCGUCCAAAUUUGUCCAGUAAUCCUCAAGAAUAAGAUAAAACACAAGAAAAC